ACGCCAUUUGUUUUUAUAAUUUACAGGGCGCAAGAGGCGGGCUCGCGAUUCCCUUCUUUCUCUUUCCCUUUUUUCUCUAGUCUCCUCCUGGGCGGAGAGCGCUAGGGUUUUGUGUCGCGCAUCGGCGAGGUGGGAUUUCCAUUGGCGCGUUGCGAUUUCUUGGACGUGGCGAUGCGCCGCCGGCCGCUGUCGCGAUUCUCGGCUGGGGCUGGGUAAAUCAGAGCGCAGAUCGGCGAGGUUUUCGUGGAUCUUGGCAAGGCCCUGGAGGAGCGAUGAGGUAGCGUAGCGUGUGAUCAAUCCUAGAGGAAGCGACUGGAUUUGUGCGAGGCGGCUAUGGUGCAGCGGCUUGUGGACGGCGGUGGGGAGCCGGAGACAGGGAAUUGCAGCAGCCUCAGCUGGCAAGGGCUGCAUUUCGGGCAGAGGAGCUCAGAUCGAGGCGCCUUGGGCAAAAUUGGGGACAUGCUCUUGCAAUUGAAAAGUGGGGGCGAGUUCAAGGUGCCCGUAGGAGUUAGUUUCCAGCAGAAGAGGUGUGACAACGAUGAGGAUUUGGAGCUCGCUCCCGGGCCCAAGCGCCACAAGCUCUCAGACCUUCCAUUCAAGACCAAAACAUGGGCUACCACUGUGUCCGGCGAAAGUUCUUUUGAAGGUCGGCUGAGGACGAGAGUGCCUUUCACUGUGUCGGCUCACUCGUAUCACCCCUUGGACGAACCGAGUCCGCUGGGUUUGACGCUCAAGAAGACCCCAUCUUUUCUUGAUCUCGUUUCCAUGACAAUUAGUCAAGGUUGCGGGAGCAGCGACUCGCUGCUGAACGAUGGGUCGUCUCAAGGAAUAGCCAAUCGAUCGGGUAUUCCAAAUGCCAACCAGUCCCAAGGCAAACUCAAGGCGUCCAACUUUCCUGCUUCCACACUGAAGAUCGGCUCUUGGGAGCGAGUUUCUCGAUACGAGGGUGAUGUGGUCGCCAAAUGCUACUACGCGAAACGUAAACUUGUCUGGGAAGUCCUGGAAACCGGCCUCAAAAGCAAAAUUGAGCUUCAAUGGUCUGAUAUAUCAGCGAUCCGAGCCAGCUACGGAGAUGGCCAACUUGGAAUCUUAGAAGUCGAGGUAUCGCGGCCGCCUUUGUUCUUCAAGGAGACCAACCCGCAACCGCGCAAGCACACCUUGUGGGAGGCCACCUCCGAUUUCACGGGAGGCGAAGCGACAAUAUGCAAGCGACAUGUCUUGCAGUUUCCGGAAGGUGUCCUCAACAAGCAUUACGAGAAGCUCCUACAGUGCGACGCCCGCUUGAAGGCCCUGGCCGGCCCCGCGCCGAACGAUGAGCUGCAUCAGGAGGUAACCCGUGAUUCCAAGUCUAAGCAAGUGGAGAGUGAGCAGCCGUUGAUGUGUCCCAGAGUGAAGCUAGAACUGCCGCUAGAAAGCCGCUGCUCUCCAAGCUCAGUGAUGGAAUCGAGGGGUAGCGAUGACAGUGAUACAGAGGAGUGCCCGCUUCGUAGUGUCGACUCACAGGCUUUGGUGGCAGCGACCCCGAGUGACAAGAUCGACGAGGAGGAGGAGGACGACGACGACACUCUCGAGCAGAAGCCGCGGGUGCUGGUUCUCACCGACAAGGAGGUGCUCAACGAGAUCGCCCAGAUCUUACUCGGGGAGACCAGCGCCGCCAAGCCGUCCCCGGAGCGUGGCCUGUUUAGAGUGAGCUCCAUGUCCGGGUUCGUGGAGGAUGGCUGGGUGCCGGCGACUUACUCGGUCUCGGACUGGAGCUCGGCCGAUCCGGCCCACGGCAGCGAAGGCUACGGUUCCGACGAGAAGAGCUUCGUCACGUACAACAGUGAGAGCGGCGGCAGGAACAGCGGCGUUCUGUUCGAGCUGGACGAGAAGCCAUCGCUCAAGAUGGAUGAAAGCCUUGGCAGCGGCAGCAGCGGUGAUUUUGGCAGCGGCAGCGGUGGUUUGCACGACUCGGUGAAGCAGUGCUUCACCCGGCAUGGAUCAGCCGGCGAUCUUCUGGUAAAUCUGCCCAGGAUCGCGUCGCUGCCUCAGCUGUUCGAGAAUGGCGUGGCUCGUCGCGACUCCCAUCUGUCGUUCCUGGAGCUCUUGUGACGAAGACGCACACACGGGGCGCCCCCGUUUUAAAUUUGAAUCGAAAGAAUUUUUAAAAA